AAACACCCAACCAACGAUGCAAAUCGGCCAUUGCUCUGGUGACAAUCAUGAAGUUCAUCAAGCCAGCCUGGCUUACACAUAGUGGUGAGCAGAAAGACUUCGAAGUCUACAGUUGCCAUGUAUCGCCGGAUGGAACUAGACUGGCAACAGCUGCUGGAGAUGGGCAUGUUCGCAUUUGGUCUACAGAAGCCAUCCUCCAAGCAGGAGACCCAGAAUAUUCGAAACCAAAGCAAUUAUGUCAUAUGAGCUAUCACUCAGGGACGAUUCACACUGUCAGAUUCUCUCCAAAUGGACGUUGGCUUGCUUCGGGCGCCGAUGACAAGAUCAUAUGCAUUUACCAACUGGACACGAAUCCCCCCGCUCACUCGGUCUCCUUCGGAACAAACGAGCCACCCCCAGUCGAGAAUUGGAAAAUCCAGAGGCGUCUGAUAGGUCACGAAAACGAUGUACAGGACCUUGGCUGGUCUUACGAUUCAUCCAUACUGGUGUCAGUUGGUCUGGACUCGAAAAUAGUAGUGUGGUCAGGGCAUACAUUUGAGAAGCUGAAGUCACUUUCGGUACAUCAGAGUCAUGUUAAGGGAAUUACGUUCGAUCCUGCGAAUAAGUACUUUGCUACGGCCAGCGACGACCGCACGAUCAAACUCUUUCGAUUCACGUCCCCCAGCCCUACGGCUACUUCCUACGAUUCGAUCAAUAAUUUCGUUCUUGACUAUACGAUCGCUGCGCCCUUUACUUCCUCACCUCUCACAACCUAUUUUCGAAGAUGUACUUGGUCGCCAGAUGGAAAUCACAUUGCGGCAGCAAAUGCGGUUAAUGGACGUGUAAGCUCUGUUGCAAUUAUCAACAGGGGGCUUUGGGAUAGUGAUAUCAAUCUUAUUGGUCAUGAAGGGCCUACAGAAGUGUGCACAUUCUCGCCGCGAUUGUUCAGUAAGAAGGAAAUCACCGCCGAUACGACAGAUAACAAUGGUUAUAGCACACAACCCCUAGUCACAGUCAUCGCAUGUGCUGGUCAGGAUAAAACUCUGAGUAUUUGGAAUACCAGUUCCUCCAGACCUCUGGUGGUGUGUCAAGACCUAGCUGGGAAAUCUAUAUCAGAUCUGGCAUGGUCUCCCGACGGACAGACUAUUUUCGCAUCGAGUUUAGAUGGUAGUAUUGUUGCUCUGAAUUUCGAGACAGGCGAGUUAGGAUAUGUUGCACCUUGGUCCGAGAACGACAAAGCACUACAAAAGUUCGGUGUUGGCCGCAGAGGAGUUGGUGUAGUGGAAGAUGUUUCUGCGCUACAGCUCGAGGAGAUCAGCAAGGCUGGAGAACUACGAGGAGCGGAGGGAAGAAUGGGGGCUCUUAUGGGCGAUGCUAGCACUUCAAAUCCUGUCCCUGCUCCAACAUUGAACGGGAAUUCAAAUUCCACGGCGCCAGUUAAAGCGAGUUCAACUCCAGCGACAACAAACGGUGAUCAGGCGGGAGAAUCACCAAACCCUGCUUCCCAUCCUGAUGCUUCAAAAAUAGAGGCAAUGAAACAGCGUGUGACUAUUACAAAGGAAGGCAAGAAGCGGGUCGCUCCUUUAUUGGUUUCUUCAUCCGGAACUGGACUCUCAUCACUGCCCCAAUCGCAACUCGUGGCCGCAAGUUCUAGCAGCGCACAGAACGAUGCUCCGAAAUCAGUAUUAGAUCUUUCGAAACCCUACGAUGGACUUCCAAGGGGUGGUCUUGCAGCUUUGUUACUGGGCAACAAACGAAACCGGACUGCUAUCGAAGGUGAAGAUGAGGAAGAGCAUCUAAACAAGAGGCCAAAUCUAGGAGGUAUGAAUGGACCGAUCCCAAUUAUGGUCAAUGGCGUCAACGGUGCUGAGCCUGCUGUGCCUCUUCCUCAAGAAAAUGGCGUCGUGCCGACGCCUGAGUUCAUCCGACCAGCAGUGAUCAAUCCAAGCAUGGCUGUCAGUCAGGUCCGGUUAGCAGUACCAAAAAUUAGAAGCCAUAUCCUCAGAUCAUUAGACCGAGGAACCCUACCCCCAGCAACCACAACCAACGGGACUAAUGGGGCCGAUGAGUCUGUCAAAAUAUCAGAGGACGUUAUCUUUGAAGCUCAAAACCCGGGCUCAAGCCAAGCCGUCAAAGACCCUGCUCGAAUUAGCGCUACAAAGAGAGGCGUCACCCUUUGGCAAGAUUUCCUUCCACGAGCUGUGAUACUUGUUACCGGAAACAAGAAUUUUUGGUCUGCUGCGUGCGAAGAUGGAAGCAUCUAUACCUGGACACCAGCCGGACGAAGGAUCUUCAAUGCCUUAGUCCUAGAAUCCCAACCCGUGAUUAUUGAGUGCAGAGGUUGGUGGCUCCUUUGCAUCACGGCUGUAGGAUUGUGUCACGUUUGGAAUUUGAAGACCCUUUCUUCACCCCAUCCUCCCGUCUCUCUCGCGCCCAUAUUGGAAAUCGCCAUGCACUCAUUAGGGACCCACACCACCAGUGCUCCCGGCGUAACUUCCGCACAUCUUAACUCAACCGGCCGCAUCAUUGUCACAUUGAGCAACGGUGAUGGGUAUUCAUACUCACCGACAAUGUAUGUGUGGCAGCGUAUGUCCGAGGCAUGGUGGGCAGUUGGAAGCCAGUACUGGAAUUCGAACGACUCGUCCAUUAGUAGCCUACAGUCUACCGGCGUAGGACCAGAUUUGCAUCGCGAUGGAGUCAAAGAUGCCUCUAAAGUUUCGGCCGGCGUUAUUCCACACCUCGAACGACACACCACAAAUGAGGUGCUCCUCAAGGGCAGGGCGUAUCAACUGCAACGGCUGAUAAAGAGCUUGUUGUCAAAGGAGGGUUUCGAAGGCUUCGAGUCCGGUGUCAGCAUUGCUCAUCUGGAGAAUCGUGUUGCUGCUGCCUUGCAACUUGGUGCCAGAGAAGAAUUCCGGAUCUAUUUGUACAUGUACGCGAAACGGCUUGGUGCUGAGGGCCUGAAGAAUAAGGUCGAAGAGCUUCUGCGGAGUAUAAUCGGCGGCGUGCUCCAAGAGAAGAACGACGGGGCAGAAGCCGAGAAAGGCGAGAAAGGCGAAGGCUGGAUGAGCGAAGACGACCAAUUAUGUGGCUGGGAUCGGAAGGAGCUUCUGAAAGGGGUUGUAUUAAUACUUGGGAAAUUCCGGGACUUGCAGCGACUCACAGUUCAGUAUGCAAGGGCGCUUGACAUGGUUGACGAUGAAGAAAUGGGCGGUUGAGCCAAGGGAUGUAUUGCGCUGGCGUUUGGACGGGUAGCAUUUGGGGAAUCGCCGACGUGCGGGAAAUACCUAUGGAGUUCUGGUCUCAGGGACGUCAAGUAUUGUAGGUAUAUCACGUUAUUGUAAUACAGGCCCGGCCUGGCUGUGUCACCAAGAGAUCGCAGAAUCAACGGUCUCGUAUUAUCUUACGUCUUAGUGCAAGUGCAUUCAUGAAUGCGAAGGUCGCCAGUAUUCUUGGGGAAGUUCCAACAAUGCUCUAGCGACCUCCCCUAAGACAUGGAAAUCCUUAAUUCUUCCUGCUUUACGGAACCGCAUCCGUUACCCGGGUCUGGCACCAUUCGUCCGGUUGCCCCUGAAUAAUGGGAUUAGGCAAAGACCGUGAGACGAGUUUGGUAAGGGAGAGUUUAGGGGCAAGAGGGAAUGUACGGAGAAACUAUAUAAUAUAAAUGUGAGUAGGU